AUGAAUGGGUCUGGCACAUUGGGCACUGUGGAAACAUCAACGAACUUCUCCAAUCUGUCCCUCGAAGAUCCCGAUCUCACCAUACCUUCACCUCCCGAGGAUCGCUUGAUUGUCGGUGUCGAUUUCGGUACAACAUAUUCGGGUGUCGCGGCCGUGUACAGCGCGACGCCAGAUGAUAUAGAUAUUAUCAAAACCUGGCCGGGUGGGAAUGGCAUCACAUCUGACAAAGUACCGACCGAGAUUGCGUACGAUAUAGACGGGAAGAAUGUCAUUGACAGUCAGCCCAGAGCGGAGCUGAAUGGACAUGGCAAUGGUGAUGGAGUGGUUCCCAAGAAUAUCCGCUGGGGAUUUCAAUUUCGUCCUGAGGAAUCUCGACUUCGCUGCAUCAAGCUCUUUCUCGAUCGAAACCAAAAGCUACCACACUUCGUCUCGCCCCUGGAAACAGCUGCUCAGCUCAGAAAUAGCGAACGUACCGUGAUGGAUGCGGUCACCGACUACUUAACCAAGAUAUACGAGCAUACGAUUGAGACCAUGACGAGAAGAUAUGGAGAAGGAUUUAUCAAGAGCACGAAGGUGGAUUUUGUGCUUACAGUGCCAGCAGUAUGGUCUGAUGCUGCAAAGAAUGCCACGUUGCAAGCGGCCGAAAGAGCAGGCAUGGGAAGCAGACAUGAGUUGAAGCUCAUUAGUGAGCCAGAAGCUGCGGCGGUAUAUACACUCAGGACGAUACAGCCUAGCGGCUUGCAGGUUGGCGACAACUACGUCGUAUGUGACGCUGGUGGCGGCACGGUGGAUCUGAUUGCAUAUAAGGUGACUGAAGUAUAUCCAUUGAGAGUGGAGGAGAGCGCAGUUGGCACAGGAGGUCUCUGUGGGUCAGCAUUCCUGAAUUAUCGUUUUGAGGAUCAUGUAAAGUCGAGGAUUGGGUCAGAAAGAUAUGAUCACAUGCGCGAGAAGAAACCAAAAACGUGGAUGAUGGGACUGAGGUAUUUCGAAGAAUUCGUCAAACGCAACUUCAACGAAGAAGAGCACAAUGAGGUGAACGUCCCAUUCCCAGGCCUACCUGACGAUGAGGAAGCCGGCUUGGACAGCGGAUUCCUGAUCAUGACCUCAGAGCAGGUCAAGCACAUAUUCGAGCCGAUCAUUGACGAAGUGAUUGCCCUAGUGGAAGGCCAGGUUAAUGCGAUCAGAUACAAGGGCGGGAACGUGUCGGGAAUCAUCCUCGUUGGUGGCUUUGGACAAUCGAACUAUCUCUAUACACGCUUAAAACAACACUUCAAUGCGCCUCCGCCGCCGAUCUAUACCGAGCGCCCAACGCACGCGGCAGCACAAGCGCCUCAGCAAGCAGUAGAAGUACUGCAGCCCUUGCACGCCUGGACAGCGGUAGUGAGAGGAGCCUGUGUGCGAGGACUGGAAGGAAGCCUGGUGGAGAAGAGACGGAGCCGGUGGCACUAUGGCACGAGCUACGCGACCGUCUUCGAUGAGACCAAACAUCCGCUCUCAGAUCGAUAUUGGAGUCCUCUCUGGGAACGAUGGAUGGUGUCAGAUCGCAUGCAAUGGCACAUAGCAAAGGGCACCCCAAUAUCCGCCGACCAGCCCAUCUCCUUUCACUACACGCGAAACUUCCGACCAGGUCAGUCAUUAAUCGUUGAGGACGACCUCAUUGCUUGCGAGGAUGACGAAGCGCCGGAUGCUUGUGGCGGCAUACAGUCUCUUGUCAACGUUUGCACUUUGAUCACGGAUCUGAAUGCAGUGCCCAAAGGCCUCUUUACGCGGUUAACCACGACCAAAGGUAUAGAGUUUGACAAUCUGGAUUUUGAGCUUCACAUGAAGAUUGAAAGUGCAAGUCUGGUGUUUGAAUUACGGGUCGAUGGCGUUAAGUAUGGAGCUGUGCAGGCGGAAUUCCAUUGA